CAGGUUCAAGAUCGAGCCGCUGAUUAAAUUAGCGGUUGUCGAGAAGAGCAAUGAAAAGGCGAUCGUAAAAAUGCGGUCCGGGGAAAGCCUCAGAGUAAGUUCUGGACGGAUAGUGUGCACCGUCAUUGCACACGGAUCAGAAAUACACAUCAAAGCCGACGCUGUCCUUCCAAUUUCGGCAAUCGCGUGCUUCCAACCUCAUCGGAAAUCUUUGUGCCCUGAGGACCUGGAAACGAGAUCAGAUGAAAAUUCAGCGGUGACGGAACAGGUCUCUUCCCGUCAAGGUUAUGACUGAAACUGCCUCUCAACAUUGCACUGCUAGUCUCACAGCAACAUAUUGCUUCCAUCUGUUGAGCUCUGUUGGCUCAGCAGCGGGCCGCUCAGUGUCAUUUCAAGAUCAUCAGAAGUAGUGAUACGCGAAUGAGGCAUAGAUGAUAGCGCUCGCUUGACGCGCAGAUCGCUCUCGCCUCUUUCUCUUUCUCCCCGGUCUCUCUGCCCCCUUCACGAACGCGAGGACUGAGCCAUGUCAUUGGUCCGCGGCGUGGGAACAUCGCUAUGCCUAUUCGUACUGCUCUUCUUACACGCGCUUAGUGCACACGCCCGACCGACUGAAACGACAUUCUCGAGACCCUUGGCCGUUCAACGCAGGGCUGCUGCUGGACCAGCACUCACGUCGUCGACCUGGAUCUGGUCAUCAUCCACAUCCACAUCCACAUCAACCACUGCGCCGACCGCAUUCCUAAAAACUCUCGCUUCGCCUAACGGCCAGACUGCGAUUAGCGCGGUCAUCAGUCUCGCUGCGGUCAACAACUUCACGCUGUGGGUGAACGGCCAGCCCAUUGGACAACAGGCGUCCAUCUGGACUGAAGCGAGUGUGUUGAGGGUAGCUCUCAACACGAGUCUUAACGUGUUUUCUGUGCUGGUCGAAGACGAGGAUGCGACCUCGAGCGUGCCCCAGGGAUUCGUCGCGGCGCUUUCCGUGACAUUCAGUGAUGGAUCGUCCUCGACGAUAGUUUCUGAUUCGACGUGGCUUGCAUCAAGCAACCCGCCGACAGGAUUCCCUUCCUCCUCGGAUCUGACCGGGUUCUCACCUGCUCAGUCGCUAGCGCUGUUUGGGAGUGGGGCAUGGGGGAGCAGCGCAUGGCAGUUCGCGCAGCAGGUGGCCAUUCCCAUCUCUGGCUCCGACGUUGUCUUCGAGGUGCUCGCGCAGAACUUUCUCGGCAACGGCCCCAGCGGCGGGACGUCGUCCGCUGGUUUCAUCGGAACGAUUCUGGUCACCUACGCUGACGGGUCGAGUGAUACCAUACAUUCUGACGGCACUUGGCUUGCUGCGGCGGCCAAUGUGACUGCGGCAGGCUUCACGGGGAUGCAGGACAGUGCGUUAAGCUCUGCCGUUGCACAAGGACUGUAUGGAAUAGCUCCCUGGGGCCAGCAGGUGGGCACUGCGGACGUUUUGGCAGCCGCCAACGUGCCCUCUGUUGUUGCAGUUUCGCCCGUCUCCACUGUACCACCCACCCAUCGCUCGGGCGGAGCAGCCAUUGGGGCCGGAGCAGCUAUCGGCGCAGUGGCUCUGAUCUCCAUCAUUGUCGGAAUAUUCAUCAUGCGCCAGCGACGACAUCGAACAAAUCUGGCACGUUUGUCGAAGCACGCACUGUCCGCCGCCGCCGAAUUCGAUCCCUUCCCGCUGACCGUCCAGCCUCAGCCACCGCAGCAGCAACAUCCCAUCCAAAUGCUCAACGUGUCCUCCUCGUCCGAGCCGUUGAUCCCCAAUCGGCCGGGCGUGCCGAUAUCGCAUGCUGAUUCGUCGCACUUGGACGGAUCGUCGCACCAGACUCCUGAUUCGCAAGAGGUCGAACUCGGCCCUCCUCCAAGUUACUCGUAUACUAGCGCGUCAGAGAGUGCCAUUUCUGCAGCUGCGGCCAACAACGCCAAAUCCAGCGGGGCAUUGCGGCCGAACGAGGCGAGUAGUCAGGGGCCAUCUGUACCGGCCAGUGCAGCGGGAUCGAUCCCUAAUCCGUGGGGCGCAUCAUCGAGUGUCGGCGGUUCCUCAGGCAGGUGA